CUCGCUUCGCCUCUACUUAUCUUUCCCGCGUUUUUGUUACCAUUUCCGGCAUCACCUCCAUCAGAAUCGCUUGCUUAAUACCGGUGUCUUCCUAUUGGCAGUUGGCGAGUUCUCUUGCGUUGUGAUUGGUCCUAUGUCAGGCGCCGCUAGGUUAAUGCUAUGGUGAGAGCGUGUGCGGGAGGAUGGGUGGGUGGAAUGUAUGUUGUUGGUUGCAAGGUGGGAUGGGCGGCAGGACUUGGGAGUAACGAAUGAUUCCAUCAGAUUUCCACCUCAGGCAUACAGAAUUGCAGUCAAAAGAGCUUGGCAGAGGUUUCAUGUAGGACUAGAAGAGUGGGCUUCAGGCUGUGGCUGCUCUUGUUUCCAUACUUCAACAGCAAACUUACAUAAAUUUUGCUGUCUUCAUACUUCUCUGAAUAUCUCCCAAUGUGCAGACUUUGGUAGGACUAUCAGAUCUUCCUUGCAACAAUCCAGACAAUCAUGAUAUGAAAACAAAUGCUUUUGAUGGAGAUAUCUGGAGACCGCAACACCCCAUGUGUCAGAGUGACUGCUAAAUACCAUACUCGUCUGCAGGGUCCAGAGCCAGAAGUGGGCAAAAGACGCUUAUCUCAGGCACGUCAUAGAGCUACUUUGGCAGGACUCUUCAACAACUUACGAGAAACUGUAUUUUCACAGCAAGGAAAUUCUGCCUCAAAGUCUCAGGUUUUAUGCAAAGCUAAGAAUUAUAUCAAGGAAUUGGAGCAAACUUUGGAAAAUCUGUUGAAGAUGAAAGAAGUUUUAAAUCUGGAGGACGGCAAUCCAUCCAGUUUGGAAGAUGUGAAGGAGGAAUAUGUCAAGUUGUAUUUCAACAAUCAUAGCAUUGUACCCUCUUCAGAUGUUUUGAGUCAGAGUGGCACCACUGUCUGCUAUGUGAUUCAAGAACAUGAGAAAACCAUUGUAGAAGAAGAUGCAAGUCAAAGGCUAACACAGUCACCAGCCACCUCUUCUCCUGAUCUCAUAGAGUUUGAACGAUACUUGUAUUUUUACAAACAGACAGUAGACUUGCUGGUAGAUAAUGCAGUUGUGAGCCCAGAAGAAGUUAUGCUUCCCGUGGUCUCCACAGCUGUUUCCCACCUGUGGCAGGGACUCCCAGAAGACAGGAGGGACAGUGUUUUGCAGUACUGUAGUCAAAGACAGAAUUUCAUCUCUGAGACCAAGACAGCUUCCCAAGAACCUGCCUGUACUGACGAGAGCAGCAUGAGGGACAGUGGAACCAAUAGUCAGGAAGCCAGCGGUUCAGUAGCAUCCACACCAGAGGAGAUCCUCUUUGAAGAUGCUUUUGAUGUGGCAACUAGUUUCCUUGAUAGAAAUGAAACUCAAGAAAUGUCCAGUCAAAGCUCAGCAUUCACAGUCUGUGCUUCAGAUAGUCAAGAGGAUAACCAUCGUCUCUACUUGCAGAUCAUCAGCUUCUUGAAAAACCUGUUUUUUGCUAGCAUACAACCAUCACAGGAAGAGAUUCUUCAGUUAGACUACGAGACUGUGAUGUUGAGAUGCACGGAGACAUUUGAUGAUGAUUUGUAAAUGAAUGUGUUUGUAUUAAGUGCAAAAAUAUAACUGCUGUUUAACAAUAUUUCCCUACUU